AUGCUUAAAAGGAUUGAGGUGCCUAGGUCAUCUAUUGGCUUUGGGUUUCGUCUUCGAAAUGAGUGUCCUUGUUUAAUAGAUCAUGUCGUAGGUGGAUCUCCAGCGGAAAGAUCAGGAGUCUCCGUUGGUGACCGUCUGCUGAAAGUGAAUGGCGUAGAUGUCACUUGUAUGACUCAUGAGAAAGUGGCGUCUUUGAUAUGGCGGUGUCAGGCAAAAUUACUUAUUGAGGGUGUGAUUGCGACCCCUGUGUUUCACGUUCUUUGGAGUCUAGUUUCUCAUGAUUUGCAGUGUGCUACUAGUGUGCAGCAGAAACGCUUUUACACUUUUGGUCCCAAUUCUUCUGUCUUUAUUUACGCAGGAUGUGUAUCGGUGCCUGUAAACUUGAAACUUUGUGCUAAAGACCUGUCAGUUGUGAGAAGAAAAGCUAACUCUGUGGUUAAUAAGAUAGAUGCAAGUGCAAACUCUAUAUGUUUAGUUUGUAUCUCUUGUGAUGUCUUGUGUGUUCGUCUAUAUAAUGGUUGCACUGCAGAGUAUCCAGCUAGUUGCCUCUUUGCUGCUGGUCUUGUUGACUUCGACGAGAAGUUUUUUCACAUUGUUACUCGUAUUACAUCGAAGCAAAACGAGACUGCAGUUAAAACUCUGGGCUCUCCAAAAAAAAAAUUCAUUAGGCCAAUGAAUUGUCAUGUAUUCAGAACGUUGCCAUCGAAAUUUUUAUCACAUUCGGGUCAUACAACAAUUGCAGAGAUGUUUGCAAUACACUGUUCAAUUGAUCGGUUGACUGGUGAAUGCUGUAAUUUUCCUUCCAGCACCAUCUCUAUCCUGACCCACUUACACAAUCUGUUGAGGAAAUCAGGCGUACAAAAUGUGAACACUGGUGAACACUUUUAUAGCUGUCCAAAUUCAUGUGUUCAGUCGAGGCAAAGCAUUAAUGUAAAUUACAUUCCAACUGAUACUUCAGCAAAGAGUUUACAGAUGAGAUGCAAUUCGAUGGAAGCAGAUUCUCACAAUUCACACGAUGUAUAUCAAAUUUGUUCCUUCCAAUGUCACCCUGGCAGCUUAUCAACGGACACGAGCUUUUCGCCUAAAAAAUCUAGAAAAUCUCUACCUGAACCAAUAAAUGCUAACCUACUCUCAAAAUUCAUAAGGGCUACAACCUCUUUUAGUUCACGAAUUAUGAGUCCUAAGAAUUCUACUGAAACAAUCCAAACAGAUUAUGAUGAACGACUUUCAAAAGUCAGUUGUUUUAGUUCAAUGAUUGAAGAUGAAGAUAUUGAAAAUAUGAAACCACAUAGAAAUGCAGAUACCUUAUCAUACACCUCAUCAGAUCCAACACUUUGGGCAAAAGAUUUCGACAAUCUUUUGAAUGAUCCUUUUGGAUGUAAUGAAUUUAAGAAAUUUCUGACUUCAGAAUUCAGCAGUGAAAAUCUUGAUUUUCUACUUUCAGUCCGUAACUGGCGUGAUGCUUUCCUGACGAGAAACGUACAUGAGGAUGCAAAUGAAAUAUUCAAUAAAUUCUUGGUACCGGAUGCCCCUCAGGCUGUAAAUAUAGAUCACUCAGCUGUGAAGUCUGCGUCGUCUUGUUUGUCCAAUCCUCACAUGAAUAUGUUUUCGGAGGCUGAAAAGCAGGUUUAUUUACUGAUGAAAACAGAUUCAUAUCCACGUUUCUUAGAAUCUUCGAAUUACUUAUCAAUACUGAAUGACUUCAAUGUAAAUAAAUCCACUAGGAAGUCAAUGUCAUUAUUAAACAGAUCUCAAAUAUUUAGAAGUAAAACAAAGUUUACCAAGAAGACAUCUUUGAAAGUAUCGACCGUCAAUAGUCAAAUUGGUAACUCUGAAAACUUGUUCACAACACCAAAUUUGAAAAAAAAACUUAAUAAAAGUGUAGUGAUGCAUAACGAUGAUGACCAUGUUGUUGCUGAGAUUAAAGAUAAAUUAAGCAACGAAUUCAACUCCAAAAGUAUCAAGUCGAACUUAAUGCGAUUAAAAAGUAUCAGCGUUAUUUCCCGUACUUCUAGGGUGUGCAACAGUCCGCGAAGAGUACUCAGUGAAUCCUUGAGUCAAAAUAUACUGGAAACGAGAAAGUAUUGA